GAUCUAAGUGAAAUUCACACAAUGUAUCCGUUUUAAAGUGCAUUACCCAGGGGCGGUUAACUAUGCUCAUGCUGUUGUGCAACCGCCACCUCUGGCUGGAGGACUUUUCUAUCACCCUAAAAAGCAACUCUGUACCCAUUAGCUCCCCACUGUCUCCUCUCCCCAGCUUUUAGCCUCCAGUCCAGCAAGGCUCACCUUGGCGGCCACAGGCCCCGCCCACCUGUCCCUGCCUGGCGGCCAGCAGGUUUCUGGGAGCCAGCUGCUGCUGUGCAAACAGCCGGGGAGGGAUAGAGUGUCAACAGGCCUCCGCUCCGCCCCAUCUCCUCCCUUGCCGGCCCCCUCGCAGCCAGAAGCUCAGGUGGGCCACUGGGAAGUGAGGCUAUGUGCCCGCCCUGGGCCUUGUCCCACCCACAGUGGGGCCACCAAUGGGGGCCACGUGGCCACACGAAUGACCAGCCAGGCUUUCUUGGAGGCCGGGCCUCCCAGGGCUGGGCUGAGAAGCUUCCUGCCCACAGAGAUGAGUAAUGACUCAGGGCUCCUGGGAACAACCAGCCUCCCCCUGGUGUCUGCCACCUGGCUGCAGCCCAGCCCCUCUCCGGCCAGGCUACAGAUGGACCGUGCUGGGAACGACUCCCAGGGUGCCCCUCGACUUUUCCUCACCACAGCGCUGGCACGAGGCAUCUCAGGCAUCUUUGUGUGGACCGCUCUGGUGAUUACCUGCCACCAGAUCUACCUGCACCUGCGCUCCUACACCGUGCCCCAGGAGCAGCGCUACAUCGUCCGCCUGCUCCUCAUCGUGCCCAUUUACGCCUUCGACUCCUGGCUCAGCCUCCUCCUCCUGGGAAGUCACCAGUACUAUGUCUACUUCGAUUCUGUGCGGGACUGCUAUGAAGCCUUUGUCAUUUACAGCUUCCUGAGCCUCUGCUUCCAGUACCUGGGUGGUGAGAGUGCUAUCAUGGCUGAGAUUCGGGGCAAGCCCAUCAAGUCCAGCUGCUUCUAUGGCACCUGCUGCCUUCAGGGCAUGUCCUACUCCAUCGGGUUUCUGCGCUUCUGCAAGCAGGCUACACUGCAGUUCUGCAUCGUGAAGCCCAUCAUGGCCUUGACCACAAUCAUCCUCCAGGUGUUCGGCAAAUACCAUGAUGGGGAUUUCAAUAUCCAUAGUGGCUACCUCUACGUGACUCUCAUCUACAACGCUUCGGUCAGCCUGGCCCUCUACGCCCUGUUCCUUUUCUACUUCGCCACCAAGGAGCUCCUGAAGCCGUUUGAGCCUGUCCUCAAGUUCCUCACCAUCAAGGCUGUCAUUUUUCUGUCUUUUUGGCAGGACCCCUACCAAGCCUUUGGCAGGGACCUUGGCUGGGUCCACUCGAGUCCAGCUUCUCAUCCAGGGCCAGUGCCUGAGUGGCCAUUGCCAUCCCCAGGCCUGCUGCUGGCUGUCCUGGAGAGGUGCGGGGUCAUUCCCGAGGUCCAGACCAUCGAUGGAAGUAAGGUGGGGGCUGGCACGCUGGCUGCCGGCUACCAGAACUUCAUCAUCUGCAUCGAGAUGCUCUUCGCCUCCAUCGCCCUGCGCUAUGCCUUCACCUGCCAGGUGUACUCAGAGAAGUCGAACUCGCCAGCCCCCACAGCACCCAUGCAGAGCAUCUCCAGUGGCCUCAGAGAGACCAUGAGCCCCCAGGACAUCGUACAGGAUGCCAUCCACAACUUCUCCCCCACCUACCAGCAGUACACGCAGCAGGCCACACAUGAGGCCCCGACGUCUGGCCAGGGUGGGCACCCCUCGCACGGCACCCACCCCGGCACAGCGGGCAACUCUGGCGGGGGCAAGAAGAGUCGAAACCUGGAGAAGAGGAUGCUCAUCCCCUCAGAGGACUUGUAGGGGUUCUUGGGGUCAUCAGUGCCUCAUCACUACCUGGCUAAACACCCGGAUUGCCCAGGCACAGACAGGACAGGGCCUCCUAUCCAGCAGCCCUCUCGCCAAAGGUCAAGCCUCUUCUAAGAGCCCUCCUGUGAGGUCUGAGGGGCCCACUGCCAUCCUACCUCCAGCUCAUGGAUCAGGGUGCGAGGAGGCCCUGCCAGGCACCCAGGGCCCACAUCAUUCCCCGACGGGACUGCUGGUGGGAGAAGGGACUUGAGUAAACCAAGGUACUCUCUGGGCUCCCCUGGCCAUGCGCUCCAGCUGGCUGCUGAGGCUCCAGAGGAGCUGUGAGCUGCCUGACAGACUGAUGGACAGAUCCCAGGCUGGGCAGCUGCAGAAAAAGGUGGGCAGGGGAGAGCUGGGCAGCCCAACCUUAAGACAGCACAGGAGCUGUGGGCCCUGUGGGCUGGUGGAAUCCACUUAGGCUGGCUGGGGUGGACAACUCUGCUGAGCCUUGCUCAGGCCAGCUUGGGGACAUGGGAAAAGGGCCAUCACUGCUUCAUACACUCCAGCCAGGGGGAGCCCUGGCAAGGACCACCCCCUACCAUGGGGAGAGUGUUUGAUGUGGGUCCGGGAGGUACCAGGGGGGUACCAGGGGCCCACCUGCACAGCAUGUUGAGCUAGCCAGCCACAUGCUGCUUCUUGGGGUAUCGCUCUUAUUUAUAUAUAAAACACCUUGGAGGGACCAGCAGUUAGCAUAAUGGCUAUGUCACUGGACUCCUAGGUAGUCGACCACGGUUC